GAUGCGAUGUUGGCAGACCCAAAUCCUCAAGUGCAACAUUAGCACAAGGGAAAUGCAUAUGAUUCGCCUACCGCCUGCUUGCUGCUCAGACCGGCGCAUUGUGCUCAUGGCUAUGCAAGACGGUGGCCUGGGAUUCGCCACCGUGUCUGGUUCCAAUCUCUGCCUGUGGUCGAGAGAGGGCGCUUCUGACAAAGAUGCAGGAUGGGUACAGAAGACAGCAAUUGACCUGAAAACACUGCUCCCUGGUCGAGCCCUCGUAACGCCACCUGAUGUCGCUGGCUUCGCGGAGGGCAUUGGUUUCAUUUUUGUGGAGACAAAUUCUGGACACUUCAGAAUUGAUCUAAAGUCCAGCUAUGUGAAGAAAGUCCGCCCUGUCAGUGGUGGCUCCAUCAUUUUCCCCUACAUGAGCUUCCACACCCCAGUGCUGGGAGCAGCAGCAGCAGCCUCUACAGGUGAGGGACCAAGUACGGGUGCUUCAAGUGAAGAAAAAGCUUAAAGUGCUGAUCUAGGCUUCUCAGUCCAAGCGGAACUUGGGUUGUGGACUUGU